CCGAAAAUUCCCAGCCACCGCCACCCUUCCAUUUCUUGAAAAAAAUUGGAAGAAGGCUUGAAAUUUCUCCUCCUUUCUUGUUAAAUAACCAGAUUUAAGCUUGGAAAUCCCCUCCCCUCCGCAGAAUUUCCAGAUCUGCUCUGCUCCUCCUCCUCACCGCCGGCUGCUCCUGCUUUGUGGGGGCAAAUUGCUCGGGUUUUUUGGCCGUGAGCUUCUUCUCCAAAUUCCCGCCGGCAACUUUCCCAACUGCAGCUCCGGUUUUAGCUGGAGAAUUAUGGUAUGUGGCAGCCUUUUAAGCCUAAAAUUAUCCAUUUGGUUUGCUGCCUUGUGAUGUCCGAAAGUUUGCAGUAAUUAGAGGAUGAAUUUCGGUAGUUUUAGGACAUAAUUAAGCAUUAAUUCAAGUGGGAUUUAUGUGAUUGAGUGUUAAUUGACUGCUGUGAUUUUUGGAGAGAAAAUCCCGUGAAAUUAGCUAGUGUUUGGGCCGAUUUUGGAAGUGCAGUUACUGUUUAAGGCACUGUUUACGGUACUGUUUAUGGUACUGUUGACGCCCUGAUGGCCAACAAUUAACGGGGAUUUAAAUGAUUAGUUUGUGAUAUAAGAACGAAUUUGGAGAUAUCUGAUAAUGUGGAGAUUUAUAGAAAUAGCAUCGUGAUUAAGGGUAGUCUUAAUGAUGAUUUCAGUGUGAAUUUGUGAUAGUACAGUAUUAAUUCUCGGAUAUUUGAUUAGGUUCUUAAUCCUUGGGGUACUUUAGUACGUAAAUUGAGUGCUCGGUUUUAUGUAAUUUAAGCCUGUUUUGUCUUCGAUGUGGUCAUGUUAUUAGUGACCCUGUUAGUGGGGAUUAUACACUAGCAAAUGUUGACAUGUUAGUGAUAGAGCCGGUUCGUUCGAGUGACCCUGUUAGUGGGGAUUAUACACUAGUAAAUAGUGACCCUGCUAGUGGGGAUUAUACACUAGUAAAUAGUGCGCCUGCCAGUGGGUGGUUUAUAACACUGGCCGUGACCUAUAAAGGAGACGUUUAUUUCGUUCCCGUACUUUUUUCCUUGUCCUCGGUUUCGCGUCCACCAUUUCAGGAAGCGAAACCGAGGACGGGGAAACCACGGGAAGUGACGAGUUAGAAGGCUAGCCAUUUCGAGAUUGAUAUAGAUUUUAGAAAUAAAUCAUGCUUUUGUAAGCUAGAUUUUACCUUGAGAUUUUGAGCUUAAGUGUUGGACAUAGAAUUAAUUUGAAAUAUAUUAUUUAAGUUAUU